UUCCUCCAUCGAUUUGGUAUAUAAACCCACCUCUCGACUGCUUCCAUAUCAAACCUUCAUCGCAUCUUUUCUCAAGUCUUCUAAUCGCCAAAACCGGAGCAAAAUGUUCAAAUUGUUGGUUGUCGCCACCAUUUUGGCUGUAUGUGCCGGUCACCCAGCACCAAAGCCCUUAGCUUUGAGCUACUCCGGAACUCACUUAACUCCAGUGAUUACAAGCUACCCGGUAUAUCCGGAAGUCCACAAUUAUCGUACAUUCCGUACGUUCCCAUCUUCGGUGGUCUCUUAUCCAGGAUAUCACACCGGUCUCCUCGCACAUCAGACUUAUUCUUCGUCUUUCUACUAAUUGGUGUCAAUCUCUGCAAACGAUGAACCAACACGGCGACGAAACUGAAUCUCAUCAAUAUUGUCUAUUCAUUUAUGGAGUUUUUGCAACUUUUUCUUUUUUGAAUAUAAUUUUGUGAAAUA